AUGGAGCUGUACCUCAGUGCCUGCUCCAAAGCUGCCGAUACCGCUGCCACCAAGACGGCCACCAGCGGCCUAGCCGCAGACAACCGCCAAUGCGGAGAGGGCGCGCACAAAACCCACUUUCCAGGGAUCGGAGCGGCUCAACUAUUGGAUCUGCCUCUAGGGGUCAAGCUGCCUUUGAUUCCAGGAAGCAAUGCUGUAUACUAUACUACUAAUUUAAGUGAAAAGCUUUUUCGACCUUCUUAUGGUUUUAACCUGGCUGAUCCUUAUUGUCGACUUUUGGAAAACCAAUAUAAAAAUCUCCAUGAUCCACAUUUAAAAGCAUACUAUCAACGCAAAGAUAUCCUGAGGAGAUUAAAAAAAGGUGGCUACAUCACCAGCAAUAAUAAAAUUGUAUGUACCUUAAGGGAAUUGAAUAAGUACAGACAAUAUCUUACCAGUUUAAAAUUAGACUUCGAAAGAAACUAUAUAAGAGAACAAAAAAUACUUGCAAAACAAGUAAAUAAACUACAGGAAAACAACCAAAGCCCUGAAAGUUCUGAUGUUGCUCAGUUCCAAAACUGGUUGUUACAGGAUGGCACUCAAUCUAUGAAGGACCAGGAAUGGUUAAUAAGGCACAGAUACUUGGAUAUGAUAAGUAGAGAAUUAGAACAACUUGAAUGCACAGCAGAGGAGCAACGCCUAAUCCGGAUGGAUAGAGAAGAAAGACGACAGCGGGAACACACAAGAAGAAAACUUAGUCUUCGUAAAAAAAUUGAAGAGGAAUGGAAGAUGAAAGAGAUGUUACUUCUAACAAAGAUUGGAGAAGAUGUUAAAAGAGAAGCUAGAAUUGAGGAACAGCGGCGUAGAAGCAGAGAAGAGAAUGACAGGAAGAAACAAGCCCUUCUAGAGAAAAAAAUGGCUUAUCAUUUACAAAAAAUGCAAGAGAUUGGCUUUAAUGGAGAAGAGAUGGAAAAAACUGCUUCUCCAAAGAAGAAAAAGAAGACUUCUGAUGAAAAGUUGGUUUAUCCUACCAGUGAUCAGAAAGCAUAUAGAGGAGGAAAUGGACCCUUAAAUACUGUUCGGCAGUCUCAAAGUAGUUCAAAGAAUGUUGUAAAAAAGUCAGCAACUUCUGUAGUUUAUCAGCCGGAUGUACAAGAUAAUGGUACAGAACAAAAGAAAGAUGGAGUAACAAUUAAAAAGUCAAGUCUUUUUGAUGAUAAAGGAGCUACAAACAUCUCUGCUCAAGCUUCAAUUAUUUCAUCUCAAAUUUCACCCACAAAAAAUUUCUCCAGACCUUCACACUCUUUUGUGGAUCCUCCAAAAGAAGAAGCAUAUAAUAUUUCUUUUGCCCCAGAUGCAAACAGAAUAAAUGAGAAGGAGAUAAAUGCUGAAUUGAAUGAAAGAUCAGCCAAGAGAUCAAGCUGCCUCUUUGAAUCAGGAUCUCAGGUUCGCAGUACAACCCAGGAUGUUUUCUCUUCUCAUGUUUUCUCAAAUACACAACAGAAUCUCCUACAAAAUUGUUUGCAAGAAAAAGUAACUUCUGAAGAACUGAAUAGUAUAAUUCAGAAUAUAAUGACUUGGGUUGUGGCUACAGUGACCAGUAUAUUAUACCCAGCCAUCACAAAGUAUGAAGAAAGGUUGCAAAAUAAUACAUACUCUGUGUCUGAUGAAUCCAUCCUUUCUUCAGAUAGUUCGAGUUUCUGUAGCACAUGCAGUGAACAGUUUACAUAUGGAAGCUACACAUCAGCAACAACUAAAACAUUUCAGACAGGGCCCUGUGCAUUGGCAGUUGACAUGUCAGUAAGGCAACCAACCACAUCUUUAAAACCUCCUUCUGCCCAUAUAGAAAGAACAGUUGUGGAAAAAACAUAUCACAGGAAAGUACAGUCUGUAACCUCUGACCUUAAAUAUAAUAAAGCCAGAAUGAUAUAUGCAUACCCUACGCUCAGAAGUUGUAAAUCUGACAGUCAACUUUUAGCAUCAUUUGACACAGGCACAAAAAAAUCUAAGGAUGCUACCACUGAAACAAAUGGCUUAGAGAGUCCAUUGUUUUCUGAUCAAAAAACAAAAGCCAUCAAUGAGAUGAAGAAUUUAAAGAAUGUUUUUGUUAACUUUAAAUGUCACCUAAAAGGGGAAACUGAAUUGAUUUUAGAAAGCAUUUUUCAAGAAAUAAUGUCUGAUUUAACCCAAGCCAUUCCCUCUCUUUCUUCUGUUACUGCUGAAGUUUUUGUUGACCAAGGGGAGGCUGCAAAAGGAGACUUGCUUUCCAAUGUUGAUAUCUGCUCUGUAGCUGCUGAGAUUGUGGAAAAUAUGCUUGAGAAGCUAGAGUCUGCUGUUGAGAAAAAAUAUGUUGAGAUGUUUUCACAAGAAGAGCUAUCUGUCCACAGUAAACCAGGUAUAACAACUGGUAGAGAAGAUUUCAUUCCAACAGAUGGAAAACCUGUACAAUCUUCAUUGCCUGAUACUUUGGAACCUAUGUGUGAUAUUGCAGAAGAUAUGGUGCAUUCCAUUUUAGAAAAGCUUAUGACUCUUGCAACUUGUAAGCAAAAUGAACUACCUCAGCUUGAAGACACAACUAAACUUCCCGAUCAGCAACAGAUGACAAAUCCAACAUGUAUGUUCCUUCCAAGAGCUGACAAAAAUAAAUCUAAUACUGAACUUGGAGCUGCCAAUGGAACUGUUAAAGAAGAAAUACAAAAUUUAAUAUCAAAUGUUUUUUCCCAGUCCUCUCUGGUUGGUUACAUAGAGGAAGCAAUCAGCACCAUACUAGGUUAUGUACAAACUGAACUUAAUAAUGAGAGACUUAUUGCAUCUAAAGAAACAGUGGUACUCCUUCAAUUACUGGAUGACAUAUUCAGUCAGCUCCAUGGGGAGCCAGUAAAAGCAGUUGUUCAAAAGGGUAAAUGCCCCCAACUGAGAAAUCCUUCUGACACUGAAGAAAAGUACAGACUCACUGACACUAGAUUAUCUAAUGGACCUAAAUCUGGAAGACCAUUCCCACCUAUUAAUGUUCCUGGCAUGGUCCUUUAUUCUGAGGAUGAUAAUGAAGAAAUAGACAAAAUUGUGAAAAAUGUGCUUGAUUCAUCUUUCAAAGAUGAAAAAGAAAAAUUAGAAGAACAGAUUCCCAAUCAUCAGUUUACAAAGGGAAAUGCUUGUUUUCAGUACAAAAGAAAUAUUAAACCACCUACAAAGUCUGAUUCUCGAAGCAAAGUUGCAUUUCGUGAUCAGGGAUUAAAGACUGACCUCCCAUCUUUUAAUGAUAAGGAUCUUUUAAAGGAAAACCCUUGCUUGAAUAAAAGUAUUUUGCUUUUCAGCCAAGAUGAAAAGCAUCAAAUACAAAAGUCUUCAGAAAGCAUAGUUAAAAAUAUUCUAGUAGAAAUGAUCAAGGACAUAUCUUCUGUUCCUCUUGGUCAUUUAGACAGUAAAAAUGUCAAGGAACCAUCCGUUUUUGCUUCCAGAAAACCUCAAUGUCUGUCACAUCAAGAAUGGAUGGACCAGAUGUUCUCUGCAUCAGAAAUCAGUACAGUGGCUCAAGAAAUAACAGAUGCUGUAUUAAAUAUACUUCAUAAGGCUUCAAGCUACAUUCCCAAUACCGCCACGUGUUCCAUUUGCACAUCAGUUCAAACUUCUCUAGAUAAGUCUGACAUUCCCCACGUGGUCAAAGAAGCACCAAAUAAAAAGCCAUUAAAAAUAUGGUUUGACAGCAAAAAGAAAGUAAAAUAUUUAUCUUCACUCAAUAUAGAUCCUGCAGAGCCAUGCUCACUACAAAAUGGAGAAAGUGGACCUGAACCUGUAGAUGACAUUAAUGAUAAGAUCAUUAAUACAGUUUUUAAAAAGCUCAAGUUAUUUAUUUGUCCAAAAUUGCAAAUGGACGUCAAACCUUCUCUUGCCAAGCAAUCUGCAUUACGAUGUCAACUUAGUGCUUAUACAAGUAAAGUUGUAAACAUUGUUUUGCAUGCUAUCCAGAGUGAAUUGGAACUCAAUAAGAAAAACCUGAAUAUUAGGGAGAUAGACUCUACCAAAACACCUAAAGGUGCAGGAUUUUUUGCUGACACUGAUAAGAAAUUAGAACCUCUUGUCACAAAUCUCAAUGAUGACAUUGUAAGAAGUCCUUUAGUAACUUGUAUUUGUGAGAUAUUAUCAAGUAGAAAUGCAGAUCAAAGCAAUUUUUCACUCCCUUCAAAUAAGCCAAGGCCUGAAACCUCAUAUGAAUCUGAUAACAUUGAUAAACAAAACAUUUUGCCAGGGAGGCAGGAUAAAAAAUCUGUUUUCUCUCAUUUUCCUAGUGUGCAUGAAGCAGUUACCCCUGAAAUACGCAAAUGUUUGGCUACUCCAUGUCCUCUUCAUAGUGUCUGUGAUGGAAGGGAUCUCAAAGAGUAUGCCAGAUUGCAAGUGUUGGAUAGAAUUGGAGAUACCCUAUUGGAAAUGUUACACAAUCUCAUAGGAAUCCUUCCUUUAUCUAACUCAUCUUUUAAUAAGCAAAACAGAAAGAAAAAAAAUGAGAAUCAGCAAACGACCACCACAUUGCAGUCUAACAUUCAGCUCAUUUCCAGAACAAUUUUGGAAUAUAUUCUUGAAAAACUAUGUAGUGUUGACAUGGAUAGCAGAUUAGCGAGACCUGGAUUUAAAGCUGUCUCAGAAUAUAUUGACAUUGACAGCCUAUCAUUUGAUUCAGUUAUUGAGGAAAUGGCCAGAUGCACUGACAUAAUCUCCAGCCUUGUGUCCAGAAUAGUCCAGGAGGAUAAUAUAGAGGUGCCUAACAACAAGGCAAAAACUACUGUUCCUGUGUCUUCCAAAACAGGGAGCACAAAAGAAAUGCAUCCAAGUAAACUGAAAGCUGUGGCUUCAGAUAUUUUUAAUAUGGUUUUUGCUAAAUUGGAAGGGUUUGCCAAUGGAAAUUUAGAAACUCUGGAUUCUAUUAAUGAUGGAAAUAAAAAAAGCAGUAGUAUGGACUGGGAAUGUGAAAGUCCCAGUAUUUUCACAGAUACACAUGAAAAACUAUUGCAGUCUGCUUUAUACAUGCAGGCAAAGAAAGUAUCAAGUACUAUUUUGAAGGCUAUUCAAACUGAAUUAAAUGUGAACUCAUCAGAUUUGAGGACAAGUGUAAAAAGCCCACCACCUGAGAAACAAAUGCUUAAGAAUACGGUCAAUUUAAUUUUAGAUGCAGUAUCUUCAGAUAUAUUUAAGGAAACUGAAUCUGAUGAGAGAGAUAUUGAAACUUACCGAUACCGGCCAACCUAUGGAAAUCUUCUUCCUGGAGGUGCUGAGUCAGAUUCCUUUGUAGAAGAUGCUGCACAUACAGAGAAAGAAUUUAAUGAAGAGAAAACACCUUCAGAAGAAGAAACUAAGUCAGAUUCCCUUAAACAAUGGGUUCUAGAAAGAACCUUAAACAAAAUUGAAGUGGAACUCAAAGAACCAGAGAAAUCUCCAGUUGUGCCCAUUGUAAGAAAUAUUUUAAAUGAAAUUUUUCAGAAUGCUUUAGUCAGUCAAUUAAAUGUGCUUCCUCUCUCCCACUCUCAUUUAAGUGGCAUCCCUCACAGUGUUGAUGAGCCAGUUGCCUACGCAUCUGUUCAUUUCAUGGAUAAAACAAUGGGUCCUUUAGUGUCAGAAGCAGAUGUAACUGUUGUUGCAGAUGAUGUUGUUAGAACUGUAUUUCAUAAACUUUAUUCAGCUGCCAUGACAGAGAGAAAUGCAAGUGAAAAUAGGUAUAAAACUAUCACCUUUUCAGCAAAUGUUUCUUUUUAUGAACAUACCAGUGUAGGAAAGUCCUCUGUUACUAUGCUGGACAGAAAUCCUUGUACAUUUCAGUCUGGAUUUAAUGUUGAUAAACAAGCCAAAGUAAAUGUAGUUGAAGAUAUUGUACAGACAAUAUUAACAAAUUUAGAAACUUUUGCUACUUCCAAAGUAAGGUCUCUCUUUUGUCCCCAAGUCAAUUUCACAGUUCCAUUGGCUUUAUCUAUUCAGCAGGAUAAGAGUACAUUAAUCAAGGCAUUAUCAAACAAAGAUCCAUAUUCUGAAGAUCAGUUUUCCUGUUGCUCAGUGGAUCAUAAGUCAGAAAACACCAACUCAGUAUGUCAGCUCUCUUUAUCUAAAUUAAAUGCUUAUGCAACAGAAGUAGCUAAAAAAAUUUUACAAGGAAUCAAACAUGAAUUAGAUAAAGAAACAGAAAGUCCUUUCUUAACUCAUAACAUUGUAGUUUCUGAAAGUAUUGCAAGUCAGAUUGUUAACACAGUGUUAGAUAUCAUAUCUUCUAAAGGCAAAUGUGUGAAAAAUAAUCCUGACAAAGAGAUUGAUUCAAAUCAGCAAGAAGGUAUUAUUGAGAAGUUAUUCAAUAAGAAGGAAUAUCGGAAAGUACUUCAGUUUAAAAUACAAGAUACCAUUGAAGGUGUCUUAAGUGACAUUUAUGAAAAAACCCUGGAUCAGAAUAACCUCUCACUUGCUGCACCCACUCUAAAAUGUAACAUAGAUGGUAAACAUUCAGGAGCAAACUCUGAAAUGUUUAUUGAGGGUGCAAAUAAGAUUUUUCCAAAACUUUCAAUUCCUAAAUCAGAUAUUAUUAUGAUAUCCAAUGAUAUAGUGGAUAUUGUUCUUCAUAAUCUUAGUUCUGUUGUCAUGCUUGGCAUAAAUGCAAAGGAUUGUACUUCUGCAAAAUUGCCCCUGACUUUUUGUGAUAUGCUUCCAAAAGCAGAGUGUCAACAGUCUCUUCUUAUGGAGUCAAAAAGUGAAAGAAAAACAGUGUGUUUUUCAUUUUCAAGACAUCCAAAAUCAGCUCAUGCUGAUGACGGUCAGUCAACUAUAGUAGAAGAAGAAGACAAUAAGAAAUCUGUUACUGACCCAUGUGAGGAAAAUGCUAACUUCAUUAGUAAAACUAUUUUCAAUAGGCUGGACUAUUUUGCCACUGAAAGAAUAAAUUCAUUAAUUACUCUUGCUUUCCAGACUAAAGAAAAAUCAUUUGUUAGCCCAGACUUGGAAAAUUGUAAACAAGAUGACAGUGUCUUUCAUGAAUCAAGCCAAGUUGAAUCAGAUGUGAAUGUACUGAAAUUAUCAACAACUGAAACCAUUCUGAACCAAGAGCUCACAGAUUCCACUUUUGCCAGUUACAGAGAAAACCUUGGCUCCAUAAUGCCUCUAUCACAAGCUCAUCUUAAGGAAUAUGCUGAUACUAUUGCCAGGGCCAUUUUGAAGCUUAUUAAAAAUGACUUAGAUCUAGAAAUCCAAAAGAUGUAUCCAUGUCCAGAAAAUGUGUCAUUCCAAGAAAACAUUUUUGUGAGUGAAAUUAUCAACAGUAUCUUAAAGAUUUUAUGUAAUAAAAGAUCUGUAAAGGAAAUUAGCUUUUACUCAAAACAGAACCCUAACUUGUUUUCACAAUUAACUAUAUCAGAUGAAAUAUUGCUGGGACAAAGAGAGAAGGAAAAACCCACUAAAUUUUCUCUGUUUUCAAAGAACCUAUUAGAACAAAAUCAAAUGACAUCAGAAACAGAAAGCCAGAUAAUGGUUUUGGAAGAAAUAUUUAUGAGAAAUGGAGAAUCACGACAGGAAGGAAAAACUGCAUUGAUCAGUGCAGUGGAAGAAGUUUUAAAUAAAGUGUCUCAAAGAGUAAUGGAAAUCAUAGACCAUUUGCCUCCAUGUCAUGAAAUCCCCCACUAUAAAUCUAAUUCUAAAAAUAAAAUAUCAAACGUAACACGAAAAAAAUCCUUGCAAUUAUAUAUUAACAGUGUAGCAAAUGACAUAGUUGGAAGUGUUUUGGGGAAGAUGUACAGUGUGGUUGUGACAUCCUUAUAUGAAAGUAAUAAAAACAGGGGAGAAGUAAGAGCAUCUGACAACAGUGAUGCAUUACCAAUGGAACCAUCAUGUAUCAGGGGAACUAAACAAGCAGGAAAAGGAAGUGAUCCCUCUAGGUAUGUGAUACCACAGGUUUAUCCUUAUGUAGGCAAUCAAAAUGUGUCUUUAUUGGAAAACUCCUUUAUGCAAUAUUCUCCAUUGCAAGUGGAGAAAUAUUUAAUACAAAUGGUUCUGAAUAAGAUCACCAAGUUUACCUCAUUGCAUCUAGAAGAGAGCUCAUCCCCUGAACGUUGUCUUGAUGACCUGCAAUCACUAAAGCUAUAUGGUUGUAAAGUCAGUCCUAAGGGAAGCCCUAAGCCAGGUUUUAAAACAAGUUUAAAAGCAAGAUCAAAAGUUACCUCUUUGCCUAAAUUUAGAACAAAACCACACCUAGGACCUCGUGGUACUAAGGACAAGAGCAAGACUAAGUUAGGUUCUGUAGAGAAGACUCCAAGAGGCAACCGGUCCAAGACUGCCAUUGGGCCACCACACAUCCUGUCAACAGGAGAUGCCAAAAACUUACUAGAAGCAAAAUUGCCCACUUUGGAACUAAAAAUGUAUGCCAAGGACAUAAUAAGUAAUAUACUGAAAACAAUUGUGAAAGAAUUUGAAAGGGUGAAGCAAAAUAGAGCAAUGGUAAAUGUACAAACUUUACCAUCUGAUCAAAUUAUGGCAGCAAGUGAAAUAGUAAAUACAGUUUUGCAAGGAUUGUAUGCUACAGAUAACCGCAAUGUGGCUUAUCCGAUCAAAUUCUCACAUCUGAAUGAUCAUAUACCCUCACAGGGGAAUAUAGGUGUAGAGUCCCUGUCCAAACCACAAGCAUGUUUUUUCUUAGAGAAUGUUUCUUCACAGCUAGAACAGAUUUUUCCUAAAAAAGGUAUAUUUCAAAAGAUGUUUGAUAAAUGGCAAACAGAAUCAAAUGACAUUGAAAAUGAAAAGUAUAAGCUAUUGAUUAUAGCUGAGAAAGCAUUGACUGAAAUUUCAAUAAAAGCAAAAGAAUUAGAACAUUCUAUUUCACCUUUAAAUUUGCCACCUCUUGAGACUUGUGAAAACAGAUCCUAUAAUCGUUUUAAAGGAGCUUCUGCUAGAGCUGAGGAUUCCAAAUCACAAAUCAAUAUUUUUGGAAGGGAAAUUGUUGAAAUGCUAUUUGAAAAAUUACAGCUAUGUUUCUUGUCCCAGAUGCCCACCUUACAUAAUAAAGACACCCCAGCAGUCAACAAAGAAUGCACUACUGCUAAAAGUAAAUAUGAUUCUCCAACAAGACACAUCCUCAGCAAUGUACCAAUUCAUAACACAAAGUCAAAAGACCAUAUUUCUUUGGGCUCUAGCAACCAAAUUGUUCGAGAGAUUAUUGAAAGGGUUUUAAAUAUGUUAGAGUCAUUUGUGGAUUUGCAGUUUAAAUGUAACUCUAGAUAUGAAUUUUCUGAAGUAGUGAAAAUGCCUAUAGAAAACUUUUUUCCUGCCCAACAGAGACUGUUAAGCAAAAGGAUGUUACCAAAAUUACAACCGCUGAAAAAGUUUUCUGAUGAAUCCAAGUCAAGCACUAUUUCCAAACAAAACAUACAGAAUACUUUUCUAGAGGUUCAUUCAUUCCACUCAGAAUUAAUUACAUAUGCUACUAAUAUUGUCAGUGACAUGCUUGGUAUAAUUAAGAACAAGCUAGACAAAGAAAUAAGCCAAGCUGAAUCAUCUUCAAUUAGCAUAUUGGAAGAGAACAUUAUAGCAAGCGAAAUCAUCAGCACACUGAUGGACCAGUGUACUCAUUUCAGUGAGUCAUUGAUCAAAAACCUUCCAAAGGAAACUUUGUUUGAAGGAGGUGAAAAUCCCUACAUUGUUAAUCAAGUAGAAUUAGCAGGUAAUGUGAAAAUGCCCACAUCAAAGUUGAAGGAAGCUAGUUUCGGGAAUAACUGUCCACAAAUCCCUGUACCUGACUUGGUGUUUUAUUCAGAAGAUAUGAGAAAAAAGUACAGGGCUUCAUCAAGUUUACCCUCAUACAUCAGCUCACCGACACUAUUAGAAGACACUAUUAAAAACUCAGAGCCAAUGGGAGGGCCCAAUUUAGAAACUAUACCAUCAUGCUCUAGAAAAAAAGUACAAGGCCACAGCUCAAGGAAACCUAGCUUCAGCCAUUUUGAUGAAGCCCUAAAAGGAAGCAGCUCUCUUCCUGAAGGCAGCAUCUUACAAAAACUGUUUAAGAAAGCGAGUGACUCCACAGAAGCAGGCUUAAAGCAAGUCAUGUCUUUCAUAGAAACGGGAAAUGGUGAAAAUCCAAGAGUGUUUCAGUAUGAAACCCUAAAACCUGUUGCUGAGGCAAACCAAAUUCAGACAACUGUUUCUCCCCUCAAAAUAUGUUUAGCUGCAGAAAGCAUCGUCAAUACUGUGCUGUCAAGCUAUGGCUUUCCAAAUCAACCAGACAUUAAUGAAAGCAUGGAAACAAUGAAACCAAUUUUCAUAUCAAAGCAAAACCCUUAUUCUGUAAUGUCUGGAGAACAAAAGAACGAGGAGAGAAGUUUGCUUACAAUGUGGGAUAAAACAACCAACUGUAUACCUGAAGAAGAAAGCAAAAAUCCUGAAGACAGCAGAGGAGAUUUUUCUUUAUUGCAGAUAUGGAAAAAUAAAAAUUCUACAAAUAUAGAGAAAAUGGAGACACUGGAAGAAGUUGAAAUCUUUGCUUUUGCUGAUCGUGAACUAGGUCCAAAUGAAAUUCAUCUGAUAGCAAGACAUGUCACCACGUCUAUAAUCACACAUUUCCAGAACUUCAAAACUAGAGUUUCCAAUGAGGAGAAGGUGUCUCUUGUAUCUACAUUGUCAAGGAAAAUGUAUGAAUCAAAACAGCCUUUAGGAGGCAUACAUCGUGAUUCUUCACUUAAUCAGUUUUGUGAACAUCUCACUGAGUUGGUCAUUUCCCAUAUAAUUUCCCGUAUUUCUGAUGGCACCAAAGAGACUCAAGAAAAAGUGAAUGCAUUGGAGAGCCAAGAAGCAGCAUUUAAAGAGAUUAUUUCAAUUCAUUCCCAGGUUUUUGAAAGCAAGUCAAUUCCUAUUGAAGAACUUGCUUUAUGUGUGUCUGAAAUCAUUAUUCAAAUCCUUUCUAAUAGUAACAUUAUAAAGGCUGACAUGACACAGCAAAAUCUCUCUAUAAAAACAAAAUACAUUUAUACCCCAGAAGUAGCUGCUGCUGCCUUUGAUGAUCUCUUUCAGGAACUCUUGGUAGGAGUAAUUCAUGUACUGUCCAAAGAAAUAGGAACAAAUCAUCACCUUAAAAGCAAAGGAAGAAGCAAAUCAUUUUCCAUGCUUAGGAGCCAUGCUAUGCCCAUUUGCAACAAAACAAAUACCAUGGAAAGACAGACAGGCCCCAGAGAAUGCGACUCAUCUACACCCCAAACUGAUGAACUCAUUCAGAAAAAUAAAUUAAAUUAUCUGGCAUGUAAAUUAGACAAUUUGAUUGGUAGCCUAAAAACACGUGAAUCCAAAGAAGUAGUUAAUAAAGUUUUUAAUAUUGUUUUAGAUUUAUUUUUGCCAGAUGAAUGCACAGAUGAUACCAUGAAUUCUGGUAAUACAGCAAAAUCAUUUUUUCCAUCCUCAAAUAGUCAGCAAAGUAAUAGCAUACUUGGAAAUAACCUAGGUCUCUCCCCGAAAUCAGUUUUUCUUCUCAAUGUAGUGUGUGAGAAACUUAUUAGAACACUGCUGGAAAAAUGCACAAGCACUGUCUUCCUUGAUAAUGACCCUCUUUCCAAUGAAAUGCCAGCAAAGGAACAUCAACUUUUUAAAAUACUUCACAGUGUAGAAGAUGAAGAAUUUGAUUGUUGUAAGGGAGCAAUGGACUAUGAACCAUUUCAAGGAGAUUACAUGUCAGACUUUUUCGAAAAUCUGGCAGAAAUGGAUCAAGACUUAUUGUCAUCAGAAUCUAUGCUUACUCAUAUUUCCCACAGCUUGGUUAAAUCAUUGAUGGAAAAAUUAACCCACAGUAUACAGCAAGCCCCCCAAAGUCUGCCUUUUGCAAAUAAACAGAUGAAGUAUAGGACAAGAGAAAUACAGUCUAGUUUCACAAAAGCAAAAAGGCCUGAAUUAACAGAAUUAGAACAAGAUAAAAACUGUUUAGGAUUUAUGAGUUAUGACAGUAAUCCUUUGACAGGAUCCCUGAAUGAUCCCAGUGUGGUAGGCUCCAAAACAGCAUUUGGUAAGCAGUUUUCAGUAAAAUCCUCACUUGUGUCACCUUUUAGACAGGAAACAAAUGAAAUGGAUACAACAGCCAUCUAUAACAUGCUACAUCCAGGAGACAUGAAUAUGGGUGUUUAUUCAGCCACAUUUUUGGAGGAAAUAAUUUCUGAACUCUUUUUUAAUCUCUCUACCUCAUGGGACAAAGAUGAAAACAUCACCGAGGCUCGGCUCACUGAGAUGAAUACAUUAUUUGUCAACGCUGUGGUGAACAAGUUUAAUAAUACUCUAGUCACAGUUUUACAGAACGCUGAAGAAAAGUUAUGUUUUCCACCAGUCCAUAAAGAAACUGUUAGUAAGAUUGUUAGCUCAGUUUAUAAUGAUGUUUUGCAGCAAUAUAAAUUGAAAGUGACCUGUGGUAAUCAUCUGGCACAUGACAAUACCUCAAUAGCAGAGCAAAUAACUAAUGGCAUAUUGCUAGAGAUUGUAGACUACCAACUCCCAUCUUGCUUCAGGGGAAAGCUCAUGCCUACUUCUUUUUACCCUCUUAAAGCUGAAAUUAUAUUGCAGAAACUUCAAAAUAACCUGAGAGAAUUUAAUUCCCAACCCAAGUCUUCAAUAUGCUACAGUACCAUGUUACCACACUCAUUUUUAGAAGAUGUCAUCAGAAGGCUUUUAUCUCAACUCAUUUCUUCACCCAGCGAGACUUCUUCUUUGGGAAAGAAAUAUUUAAUGAGUUCAGAUUUUAAUGAAAUGUCCACCCAUAUAAUAAAGAAGGUUAUGUCCACCAUUUCAAAACAUAGAAUUUGGCUCACUACAUAUGACAGUCAAUAUUUAUAUACAGGAAAAAACCUCCAAAAGAUGGUGGACUCUGUUUAUAGUAAUAUUUUGCAAAUAUCUGACUCCCUUAUUUCAAUACAGAAAAAUAUAAUAAGGCAAAACCCAGCUAUAGUUGAUCAAAUAGCCAGUUUUAUUAUCCAAGAAAUUAUUGAAAAUCACCUUCAGCCCUUUUUAUGUGGAGGGAGUUUACCUCGUCCAAGCACUCCAUUAGAUGAAAUAUCUAAUAUGGUUAAACAGGUUCUCAGUGAAGUCACAGGGUCACACGGACCCCAGAAACCAUCACCCUUAGGUGUUUACCCAGAUGCAUUUAUAGGGGAAAUUGUUGCCAGGCUUUUAUCAAAGAUCUUCUCCCCAAAUUGUCACAGUGAAUUUGAGUUGGAAAAAAUGACCCAAAAAAUAGUAAAUUCAGUAAGUAACCAUUUUGACAAAGUAAAAAUUGGCCUUCUACAUGAUGACAAAGAGCAGUCUUUCCCUUCUGUAGAUACAGAUAUUGUAGAUGAACUUGUUACCUCGGUUUAUAGAAAUGUUUUAAAACAGCAUGGGCUUGACUCUGAGGUUGAUAAAGAGUCUAAAAACAGUGAUAUUUUUGUUGAAAAUAUUACCAAUUUACUUGUAGCAGCUAUUUCAGAUUACCUUCUUCAUCCUCUGUUUUCUGGGGAUUUUUCAGCUUCUUCCUAUUUUACCUCAGUGCCUGAGAAUAUUGUUCAAGACAUCCUUAGUACCAUCAGGAAAUCUACCACACCAAGCCAGCAUUUAUCUCCAUAUAACACUUUGCUGCCAUAUACGUUUUUAGAAGACAUGAUCAGAGUACUAUUAUGUAGAAUCUUUCCUGCUGCAUCUAGCAUGGUUCCAAACAGAGAAGCCCCAAAAGAUAGAUCAGGAGUGAACUUCAAUGAAAUUGCUUCGUAUCUAAUCAGUGAUAUUAGGAUGAAAAUUUCCCAACAUGAAAUUCGAUUUUCAAAAGAUGAAGAAGAAGCCAAGUAUGUUUAUUCAGAGGAUUGUGUUCAGCAUCUUGUUGACUCGGUAUUCAGAAACAUUUGGCAAAGCUCUGAGUCUCAAGAAUCAGUUGAACAAAAUAUCACAAGUAGUAAUGAUGAUCUUAUUGAUAGAAUAGCAGGUUUUAUUAUUAAAAAUAUCUGUCAACAACAUCUUCAGCCAUUUCUGAAUAGAAAGUCAUUACCUACUUCAUCCUGCACAUAUUUUGAUGAUGAGAGAAGGCAGGUUUCUUAUGCCAGUGUUUAUUCCUCAACCUUUUUGGAAGAUGUGGUCUCUGGGGUUUUAAGCAAAAUAUUCCACAGAAUGUUAGGCAUUGUGCAAACAAAAUCAGAAGAUGAACUGUUUGAAACAGCUGAAAGACUCAUACAUUUGAUAACAGAAGAAUUCUCAAGAGCCCAAGUAAAUGUCCUAGAAAAUGCUGAGGAACUAUUGUGUUUGCCUCCAGUAGAGAGAGAUGUAGUCACAAAAAUAAUUGACAUGGUGUACAGCAGAUUUUUGCAAGAAUAUGAAAUGGAAAUAAUACCCAAUAAAGAUUUUCUAAAUGACACAGAGACAUUGGCUGCAAAGGUAACUAAAAUCAUCCUGGCUGAAAUUUUUGAUUUCCGAAUUCAUCCGGAUUUUAUUGCAAAACUGGCUUUUAAGUCAUAUUCCAAACUCAAUGCUGAUGUUUUGAUAAAGAGAGGUAAAUAUGAUAUUAGUAAAUCCAGUCUCCGAAGAAAGGCUUCAACACUAUAUACUACUAUGUUAUCACAUACUCAUUUGAAAAAAAUAGUUACUCAGCUUAUAUCUCAGAUGACCCCAUUGGCCUCCAGUGAAGAAGACCCAGAUAUUUCUCAAUCAGACUUAAGUAAUACAGUCAUGAAACUGAUCAGUGAAAUCAUGUCAAUAAUUUCAAAACAUGCAAUAUGCAUUACUAAACAUGGAAAUGGAAAACAAAGCAUGCUUUCAGAAAAAGAUAUCCAAUCUAUGGUUGAUUCCAUUUAUGCUGAUCUUUCAAAUUCAAAUUUAUACCAGUCUCUUACAAAAGAUAAAAAAGGCAUAAGUGACAUACCUGUUUCAAAAAUAGCAAGUUUUAUAAUAAAAGAAAUCUUUAACCAUCAUAUUCAGUCAUUUUUAUCUGGAGAUAAAACUCUCUUUACAGCUGCAGUUGAUCAAACUUAUAAACAGAAAGCAGUAGAUCCUAAACAAAGAGAAUUGUCUUUCAUUGUGAACUCAGCUGUAUUUUUGGAGGAAGUAAUUUCUGAGCUUUUAUGCAAAAUCCUUUAUGCAUUCUCACAUAAUGUCUUGGCUGCUGAAAACCCAGAUAAAGCAAAAGCCAAAAUUACUGACAUUGUUACAACAUUAGCAAAAUCUAUUGUUCUUGAAUUCACCACAUCAGAGAUUUUAGUUGCAGAUAACUUUGAUCAAAAUCUGUGUUGUUCAGAAGCAUAUAAAGAAAUGGUUCAAAAAACAGUCAAUCUAAUUUAUGAAAUUAUAUUAGAUGAAUAUAAAUCCCUGGUUCAAGUAUACAAAGCUAUACAAAGUGACACUAUUUGUUUUGGAAGGAAAAUAUAUAAUUUGCUAUUGGGAGAAAUUUAUGAUUAUCAGGUUCAGUCAUUAGUUUCAGGAGAAUUAGUAUCUUCUUCCUAUUCUUCCCCUCGAGCUGAUAAUAUCAUCAGAAAUGUGCUUGACAUCAUCCUGAAGGACAGUUAUUCCUUGCCGUCAUAUGUUACUGUGUUGCCUCGUUCCCUUUUAGAAGAUAUGAUUUACAAACUUCUAGUGCAUAUCUUCCCUUCAACUGACACUGAAAAUGAACUAAAAGAGGAGGUGCCACCUGAUCAUGAGUUUGUAAAUGCAGCUUCAAAACUGACUGAUGAAAUUAUAAAAGAAAUUUCUGAGCAUGAAAUUCAACUUGCCACAGCAGAGGAGAAUGCAGAAAGUAUGCAGUUAGAAGUGAUUGAGAAUUUGGUUGACUCCAUAUGUAACAAUAUUUUGAAAAAGUCUGAAUUCCAAGCUGAAGUACAGAAAGAUUCAAGCAGAAAAGGAGGACCCUUUCUUAGUAGAAUAGCUGGCUUCAUUAUGAAGGAAAUUAUGGAUCAUCAUCUAAAGCCAUUUUUACGUGGUGAAGAAACAUCUCCUAGCGACUUGUCUGAUUAUGACCAUGUCUCUGUACUGGUUAAACAUGAUGAAGAAAAGACACAACCUUCUCUUUACUCAGCUACAUUUCUGGAAGAUGUAAUUGUUAACCUUGUUCAUAAAUUUUGUUCUCUUCCAAAUAUUGCUGAAGAUUCUAAGAAAAAAGAAAUACAAGAACCAGACAUUGUAGGGUUGGCUAUAAAAUUUGCAAAUGCUCUGAUAGGGGAAUUUAGGAAAAGUGAAAUUAAAGUUCUCCCAAAUGCUGAAGAAAUAUUUUGUUUUCCACCAAUUGAUAAAGAGACUGUUGAUAAAAUAUCCAAUUUUGUGUAUUAUCAGUUUAUAGGAAAAUAUGGAUCUAAUGAUAUUCAGGAAAAUGAUAAAAGUAACAUUUUUAUAGAAAUUAUUUCUGCUUUAGCCCAAAAGGCAAUCUCUGCUUUCAAGAUUCAACCACUUUUUUCAGGAGACUGGUCUUCCACAUUCUUUUCAUUUCUGAAUCCAGAUAACAUCACCCAAAGAGUUCAGCAUCUACCACAACAAACCUCUGCGCAGAUAAACAGAUCCUUAACAGAGAACCAACUUAUUUUGCCAGAACAGUCAUAUAAACAUACUUGUCUAACUGCAAGCCAAAAAAAUACACUGGAUACCUUGGAAAUAGAUAACAGUGCAAUGAGUAGAAAGAAAAGUUUCAAAAAUGAGGAGAAGUCAAUGAAAAGAGGUGACAUCUAUGAUCCAAUAAUUCCCUCUAUCACCAGUAUUAUGAAAAGCAACAUGAUUAACCUAGGAUCAGAGUCAGCUGCAAGUAUGGCAAUUAAAAAGAAAGAAGAUGAAAAGAAAAUGGAAAUUUCAAUUAAAAAAUGCAAUGAGAAUGUAUCAAAAGUUACUUUUCCAAGUACUGGCAUGAAAAGUAAGGAUAUUCAGGAACCAGAAUUAAGUUCAGCACUAAAAAAUAAUGAAAUUGAGAAAAAAAAUAUAUCAGCUCCAAAAGAUGAUAGGCAAGGUGAUGAAGAUCACACACAUUUUUCAGUAGCUACUGAUGUUACAGAAUAUGAAAAAGUAGUACUGGGACCAGACGAUGUAAAGGAGAGUGACAAAAAAAGAAAAAGUUCAUUAAAAAAAGAUGACAAGCCAUUUAAAUUAUCUUCUCUGAAGUUCAAGGAGAGAAAUACAGAGACCACAACAGGGAAAAUUUUGAAAAUUGUCUCCCAAGAGCCGAGGAGCAAAGGAAGGAGAGACUCUCCAGCUCAAGCAGUUAUGGAUAAGGAAAAAUACAUGGAUUAUGAAUGUGUUCAAAAUGUCAUUGAAAAUAUUUAUGACAAUAUUUUAGAGGUAUCUUCUCAAGACUCAGCAGAUGAUUCAAAAUCCUAUUGUCUCCCAGAUGAUAAAGCAUUGCAUGUAAGUCAAGAGGUUGGCAAAGAUUUUACACAUCCUGCUUCAGCAAAGGAUUUCUCCUCCUCAAUUAACAAAUCUGUCCAUGACAAAGAGAAGGUAGAAGAGAAAGAGAAAGUUAAAGAGAAAGUUGAAAACAUUAAGAGUGAACCAAGUAGACCAGACAGUUCACGGCACUCAUCAAAAAAUAAACCUGGAAUUUUUCCUGCUAAAUUUUUAGAAGAUGUUAUCACUGAAAUGGUUAACCAAUUGAUCUUUUCUUCCUCACCAGAAACACAAACACAUGAUGAAUUUCAAAAUGUAACUGUUGAUGAAAAUAAAGCUGAACUCUAUGACACAGCUAUGAAACUGAUUGAUUCACUUUUAAAGGAAUUUUCAGAUGCUCAAAUUAAAGUAUUUAGGCCAGAUAAGGGAAAUCAGUUUUUCCCACCUGCAGAUAAAGUGUCAUCAGUUCAUAAAAUACCACCCAGGCAAAAAGAAUCAACUACAGAGGAAGCGUCACCCAACAGUAAGUUAACUGUGGACAAAAUACCACCUCUGCAUAAAAUGAUUAAAAAACCCUCAUCAAAUAAAGUACUUUUUCAAGAUAAAAGACCAGCAAUUGAUAAAACAUUGGUCAAUAAAGUUGUUCACUCCUCUGUAUGUGGUAUUUUGAAGGAAUAUAGAUCUCAAGACUCCAUUUGUAAGAACAUAAAUAGUAAUAGAGAAAAUGUAGCAAGAAGACUAUCUAAUGCAGUGAUAGAAGAAAUUUUUCAACAUCAGCUUAACUUGCUACUUUGUGAUGAAGUUCCAGCAUCAGCAUGUUUGCCUCUAGAAUCUAAGGAUGUUGUCAAAAAGAUUCAAAAGGUAGCCCAAACAGCCAGCAAAGAAUGUCAGACAUCAUCGCCAUAUACCAUAAUUCUGCCUCAUGAAUUUUUAGAGAAUGUGAUUUUUUCUCUUUUAUCUAAAAUUUUCUCAACAGUGUCCAACACAAAAGCAGAACCUUCUGAGGACUAUUUGUUCACAGAAUUGGAUUUCCUUCAAUUAAAGUUAAUGAGUACGGUUAUGACAGAGAUCUCCAAAGAUGAAGAUAUGAUUAUACAGUAUGUAGAAUCUUUACAUCCCAAUGAUGAUGAAAUUAUUCAGUUAGUUGUUCAGUCUAUCUAUAAUAACCUCUUGCCACAGUUUGGAUCCCAAGAGAUCAUACAAAAUUGCGUAACCAGUGGAUGCAGAAUCCUUACAGAAACUAUAGUUGAAUUAGUUCUACGAGAAGUGGCUGGCAAUCAGUUGCAGAAUUAUUUUUCAGGAGAGCUAACUCCACAUCAGUGUGCAGAAAUUGACAGUGUCAUUGAAAAUAUCCUUAAAGAUGUCAUCCAAGCUACUGAUGUUCCCCAGUCUCAGCCAUCACAUGCUCACAAACUUCCUUAUAACAUCAUAGAAGAGAUUGCUGUAAAAUUUUUAUCAAAGCUUUUAUCUAUGUUUCCAAAAGUUGAUAAGGAAAGACACAAAUCUCUAGAAACUGAAAUGCAAAAAGUAAUUUCAAAAAUCUUAAAUUCAGUCCAAGAAUUUAUCUCUAAAAGUCAGAUUAAGGUUGUACCACCAGCCAAGGAAUCACCGACUGUACCUUUAGCAGACAGUGCAACUAUUGAAAAAGUAGUCAAUUCUGUUUAUACCAGUGUCGUAAAGCACUCUGGCUCGCAUGCUUCUGUAAUUAAAGAUUUAAUAGGUAACAGCAGUGUCCUCUCUGAUAUAAUAGGUUUUUUAAUGGUGAAGGAAAUUUCCAAUUCUGAAUUUCAACCUCAAGUAGAGGAAGAAGUGUCAAGUUCAGAAUUAGUUCUGGAAGCUGUCCAAAUUAUGGAAAAAGUGAUUAAACUUAUUGAUGAAUUUAAGUCUCAGGAAAAGCCUUCAUCUGGAAAAGGUUCUGUGUUAGAUGCCACAUUUUUAGAGGAAACAAUAGCUUUGUUCUUGGCUAAACUAGCAAGGUUACCAGGUGCCGCAAGCAAAAAUGCAAAAAACUUAUCAAAGCCUGAGUUAAAUAAAAUUGCGUGUCAACUGACAAAAUCUGUGACAGCUGAAAUUUCCAGAAGUAGCAUUAGUCUUGUAGCUGCUAAUCCUGACAAACACUUUUUAAAUCCAAGAAGUACAGAAAUGAUUUCUCAGGUUGUUGAUUCGGUUUAUACUCAUGUACUGAAACAAGCUGGAACCCAUAAAGAAUUUUAUUAUGAUAUAAAAGGUACAAACAGAUUCUUCCCUAAAAAAGUAGCUAGUUUAAUUAUUGAUGAAAUUUCCAAUUUUCCGUUAGAUAUGGUUAACUCACAGAAUCUGAAUGAUGAUCUCUUUGGAGAUCUGGAUGUUGAUCGAAUUGUUCAAAAGGCACAAGAGCAUGCUGUUAAAAUGGUCCCUCACUUAGAGAGAGAGGAGUCAGAUCAAGAUUUAAAUGAAGGGGAAUUUCUGGUUAAAAUAGUUCCACAUAUUGGAAAUAAACCAAUCAAAAUAGAUCCAGACAUUAUUUCACAGCACUUAGCAGUAAUUUCUGUAAAAACUCAACCUCUUGAGAGACUUCAGAAGGAAUGUUUAAAAAGAACUGGACAUAGCAUAGCAGAACUGAGAAGAGCUUCAGUAAGUGGAAGAAGUUAUUCAUCAGACACAUCUAAUGUAGAAAAGACAAAGAGAGAAAGACAUAUCUCACUGAAUAGAAUGGGACGACUGGAUAUAAAACCCUUUCAGGCUGUUUGCAGAAAUUCAUUUCAGAAUAUAAGAAAGCCUGAUAUAACCAAAGUGGAGCUUUUAAAAGAUGUAGAGAGUAAGGAAGAUCUUAUCAUUCGGUUAGUAGCUCAUGAUAUUGAUCAAGAAGAUUCAGAAACUUGUAUAGAAGAGGGGCUGAUUUCUGAUGAAGAAGAAGUUGUUUUAGGGGAGGUUAUUGCACGCAAAGAAUGCUUAGCAGAACUAUAUGAAGAUCAAGCAAAAGAAGCCAUGAAGCCAAUUGAAAGCAAAGUUGUUUCUCCCAAGCCAACACUAAGCACGAGCAGCCUGAAAAAAUUUUUAUCACUAAGCAAAUGUUGUCAGCCCACAUCCAGUACAAAUAUUGAAAGUAUUGAAGAAACUUCAGAUCAAAAGACAGAAUCUAAGGAGAGACAAGUUAAAAGAGCUGUUGCUGAGCUUGACGUGGCCACCUGCUUAACAACCUUGACUGGCACAGAUUCUUCUUUUUGGGAGAAAAAUUCACAGUGUAGUAAAGAAGAAAGGAGACUUAUUACUGAACCAACACAUUACUUUGUGCACAGAAUUAUGAGUUCAUCAUCGUAUAACCAAGAAGACCUGAUUUCCUGUGCUGGUGAGAAUGAAGAUUAUAACCCAGAUCCAGGUGAUAAAAUAUUAGAAGGAAGUUCUCAGGAACCAAAGCUAGAGAAUGAAAGCAAUGUUAAGUUUAUCACCAUCUAUGAAGGACACAAGAAUGUUCUUGACAGUGGCUCUCCCUCAAAGGAAGUAAUUGCAGAAACUCCCAAGCCCAGUAUUUCCAAACAAGGAUCUAAAGUGCUGGCAAAGGUAUCUUCAGCUCUGUCAAGGGUAUUUUCCCUAUCUAACAGCAGUAUUUCCAAAUCUUCCUCACCACCUCACCAGGAUGAGUGCUGAAACUGCUACACCUGAUACCAGUAAACUGUCAUCAGUUCGUCAAAUAACUCUCAGGAAAAAAAAGAUUCAACUAUGGAUAAGUAGUUACGGAUAAAGCACCACCUGGCAUUAAAAUAAUUAAUAUGGAUAAAAAUACAUGCAAAAAAUGGUCCCUGUGACUAAAAAGACCUUCUUCAGAUAAGAUACCUUUGACGUAUUGUUCACUUAUUAUGGAGAUACACCUGUGAAUGUGAUUGCUGGGUCAUAUAGAUCUGUAGUACAAUUUUGACAAGAAGUGCCAGGACUGGACAUCCUUCCCUUAGUGGAGAGGCAUUCAAUAUUUCACCCUUAAGUAUUAUGUUAGCUGUAUAUCUUUCACAGAUGCCCUUUCUCAAAUUGAGCAAGAAGAAACAAGCAAGUUUUGCCUUCCAUCCAGCAUCAGAACACAAUUUAAUCAGGGAGCCAGCUGCAAGAAAGUCCAUGGGGUCUGGGCAGGGAGAGGUCAUCAGACCCCUGGUUGGGGGAACUUACAAAUUUUGCUGCCAUCUCAGCUUUUCCACCUGUUCCAAACUUGUGUAUGAUGUGUGACUGGUCAAUGGAGACCCCCAAAACCCUGUUUCAUACAGUUCCUGGGUAAUUACCAGCUGCCCUAGAGUAGAGACUAAAUUCCACAACUCACCACUCCGCCAUCUUGUCCUGCCCCCUGUAGUUUUAAAAUUUUUAUUGACAAUUCAUCAGGGAAUGUUAGUUGGAAACUUCCUAUGUUU